UGGAUUGGACGCAUCGGACAGCCACCAACCUCCCCUUCGCUUAUCACGGACCCCUGGCGCGACACUCUCCAAGAGUUUCUUCCCCUGAUCCAGCGCUGACCGACUCGACGCUUUCCAGAUUUCAAGUCUCAACCGAGCACCCUUAAUACCCACCUCCCGUGUCUUUCGAUAGCAGGUCGCCAAAAUGGGUCUCACAUUUUCCAAGAUUUUCGACAAGCUCUGGGGCAAGAAGGAGAUGAGAAUCCUGAUGGUCGGUUUGGACGCUGCCGGAAAGACCACCAUUCUCUACAAGCUCAAGCUUGGUGAGAUCGUCACCACCAUCCCCACCAUCGGCUUCAACGUCGAGACCGUCGAGUACAAGAACAUCCAGUUCACCGUGUGGGAUGUCGGUGGUCAGGACAAGAUCCGUCCUCUGUGGCGCCACUACUUCCAGAACACCCAGGGCAUCAUCUUCGUUGUUGACAGCAACGAUCGCGACCGUAUCGUCGAGGCCCGCGAAGAGCUGCAGCGCAUGCUCAACGAGGAUGAGCUCCGGGAUGCCAUCCUCCUCGUCUUUGCCAACAAGCAGGAUCUGCCUAACGCCAUGAACGCUGCCGAGAUCACUGACAAGCUUGGUCUCCACGGCCUGAGACAGCGUGCCUGGUACAUCCAAUCCACUUGCGCCACCUCCGGUGACGGUCUGUACGAGGGUCUCGAGUGGCUCGCUACCACUCUCCGCAAGGCCGGCCACCAGUAAAGGACCAGACGCGCUGCUUCAUCUACCACGGCUCGGCUUCACAUCGUUUCUUCGGCAGUUCGCAUGGGCCGAUUGUAUUUCGCUUGUCAUUUUCCGGAGCAAUCGAUAUAGUCCAUAAACAACGCAUUUUUCUACUCCUACCCAUCGGCUGCCCUCCCGCUUUGCGCC